AUGCCUUUAGGUAUAUUAGACGACAACAAACUCGAGCAUGUUCCUGGAACAGCACCUUUGAGUGAGCUGGGCAGGACUGAUCUUGAGGUUGCGGCUUCUGGUGUUGAUCGUGGUCUGCUGAAGCACGACAAGACUGGUGAAAUCGUUCUCGUUCCUCAACCCUCAGACUCACCAAAUGAUCCAUACAACUGGCCAAGAUGGAAGAAGGAGAUGUUCACGGUCGUGAUCGCGUAUGGAUGUGGAUGCGUCGGAGCUGUUGGACCUUUGUUGACGCCAGCUUUCGUGCCGCUGGCUGAUCAGUUCGGCGUACCACUUCAGCGCUUCACUCUAGGUUGUAAUGGAUCUUGCAUCGUUGCCAUUGCUGCAGGAAGUCUUAUUUGCAACGCGAUGGCCGUGAAGGUUGGCAAGAGACCAGUCUACAUUGUCACCACUAUUGGGUUGGCAGUCUCCUGCUUCUGGGCCGCUGAAGUCAAGAGCUUCGGGUCACUGGCCGCAGCAAGAACUAUUCAGGGCUUGUGUAUGGCACCUUUUGAGGCUUUGAUCCCAGCUUCGGUAGCAGACAUUUGGCAUGUCCACGAGCGUGGUUUCCGCAUGGCAAUUUUCAAUCUCGGCGUGCUUGGUGGCAUCAAUCUCGCUGGACCAAUUGCUGGCUCAGUUAUCCAAGAAGGCUCUUAUCGCAUCGCUAUGCACGCGAUGGGUGGCGCUACGAUGGUUAUGCUUCUCCUCGUCAUCUUCUUCAUGCCUGAAUCCGCCUUCGCACGGCGCGGCGCACUCAACAUCGACACCAGCGACAAAACUCUUGACAUCGGAAAGUCUGAAAAAGAGAAUGUCGAAAACAUUGAGGAACAACAUGCCAUUAGCGUGUCUUCGGAACCCAAAUGGUCCUACACAAAGGAACUUCUGCCAUGGGCUGGCUACUGGGAUCAUGUAUCCUUCUGGAGGACACUGCUGCGCCCUUUCUUCAUGAUCGUAUCUCCAAUCGUUAUGUGGGCGACACUGCUGUUCACAAUUUGCAUCUCCUGGCUGGUUUUGAUCUCCAUCACGCUGUCGCAGAUCUUCUCGGCACCUCCAUACAACUUCUCUGUUAGCGCAGUCGGCGCUACCAAUGUAUCGUCAUUUGUCGCAUCCGUGCUAGCGACGCUGGUAGCAGGAUACAUCAUUGAUGGCGUCGCCAGAUACAUGUCGACGCGCAACAAUGGUGUCUUUGAACCCGAGUUCCGUCUCCCUAUCAUGAUUACCUACCUCAUCUUCACUGCGACCGGAUUCUUUGCCUGGGGCCAGUCCCUGUACCACCAAGACCCGUGGCCCAUCCCCGUCAUCGUCUGCAUGGGCCUGAUCAACCUCGGGGUUCAACUCGGCACCACAUCUGUAGUCACAUACGUGAGCGACUGCCAUCGCGAGCAAUCUGCCGAAGCUUUCGCCAUCAUGAACUUCAUCAAGAACAUGUUUGCCUUCGGACUAACAUUUUACGCGAACGACUGGCUAGCCACACAAGGUGUUAGGGAUGCGUUUUAUGUCAUCGGCGGAACGACCUUUGCGGUGACUUUGACGACUAUUCCGAUGUACAUAUAUGGCAAGAAGGCUAGGAGCUGGGUGCAUAGGUCUAGGGUUCUCGAUAGGGUGUUAAAGAAGGUGUAAGAAGCGAUCAACCAAACGUGGUAAUGACGCUACCGACUCAGGAGCACGAUACCGAGUUAAAUAAACUCCCAAGGAUCCUUCUUGUAGUUUGAGUGCUUCCAGUCUGCAGUAAUUGAAGUUGAAAGUUCACUUAAGUUAU